AUGAGCUCGGCGUCUCAGCUGGUCGAGUGCCCCAGCUGCCAGAUCCAGCUUCCGCUCAGCCAGCUCAAUCCGCAUCUCGACCGCUGCCUCUCGGACCAGCCGCCUAGCUCCUCGGCCAGCACCGACCCGUGGAACGGCAUCUUCGGCACCAAGCCGGGCGAUGAUUCAGGCGUUUCGAGCGCAUCUCCGCGUGGAAUCAAGCGACAGAAUGGUGCAGCCAACGAGACCGCACGUUCUCCGCCUCGAGUGCUCGACCAAGCAGCGUCGGAGUCGGCGAGCAAACGCGCCCGGUCCGAUGCCGAUGUCAGCGCCGCAAGCACGGCGUCGACGUCGCGCAGCCGCUUGGAUGCAGCCAGGCCGUUUGCGGAGCGCAUGCGGCCGCAGACGCUCGACGAGUACGUGGGGCAGAGCGAGGUGGUCAACGGACCGCUCAAGAUGCUCUUGCGCGCGGGCAAGAUCCCGUCGAUGAUCCUCUGGGGUCCACCCGGCACGGGCAAGACCACGCUUGCGCGUCUGCUGGCCAAAUCGGCCUCUCCCCCUUCGGGCACAACAGCCCCACCCGCGCACCGGUUUGUGGAGAUCUCGGCGACCAACUCGGGCACGGCGGAGGUGAAAAAGAUCAUGGACGAGGCGCUGCAUCGGCUGCAGCUGACGGGGCAGCGGACGCUGCUGUUUAUCGACGAGAUUCAGCGCUUCACGCGCGCGCAGCAGGACGUGUUUCUGCCGGCGGUGGAAAGGGGACAGAUUGUGCUGGUGGCUGCGACGACGGAGAAUCCGUCGUUCCGGUUGCAGGGCGCACUCAUCUCGCGCAUGCGCGUGUUUGUGCUCACCAAGCUGAGUGUGGACGAGUGCGCGCAGGUGCUGCGCAAUGCGAUUGCGACUGUGCAGCGCGAGGGCAACAGCGAGGUGGUGGGGCAUAUUGACGAGGAUUUGGUAAGGUGGAUCGCGAAUAUGGCCGAUGGCGAUGCGAGGACGGCGUUGGGCGCGUUGGAGCUGGCGCUGGAAACCACCGAUGCGGGGGUGGGGUCGGAGGAGAAUGUGGCGAGGUUGAAGAGGGCGUUGAAGAGGACGGCGUUGCAGUACGAUCGGACGGGCGAUAUGCACUACGACACGAUCAGUGCGCUGCACAAGUCGAUCCGCGGCUCGGAUGCCGAUGCGGCGCUGUACUGGCUUGCGCGCAUGGUGUGCUGCGGUGACGAUCCGCUCUUUAUCGCGCGCCGACUCAUCGUGGCUGCAGCCGAGGAUGUCGACUCGCUCGAGGCGGUGCAGAUGGCAACCGCCACGUACAGCGCGUGCCAGGUGGUGGGACUGCCCGAGUGCGGCGAGAAUCUCGCCCAGUGCGUCGUGUUUCUCGCCGAAGCCAAGAAGAGCACGCGCUCGUACAGGGCAUGGAAGAAGGCGAAAGCGCUCGUCGAGGGGGGUUACAACCAUCCGGUGCCUCUGCACAUCCGCAACGCCCCGACCAAACUCAUGAAGGACAUAGGCUAUGGGAAGGAGUACAGGUACGAACCCAGAUUUGCGCAUCCGGUGCAUCAGGAGUUCUUCCCGCCCCAGCUUAAAGGAACGCGCUUCCUCUCCCCACCGCCUGAACCUGCGCCAAAUCAAGGCGAAGAGCAGGACGAAAAGAAGGAGCAGGGUGCAGGGAUACGAGCCAUGCCGAAAACGGCAGGCGUGGGGCCGGGAUCGUGCCAGCGCAUCUUUGAGCUGGGCGCGCGUGCGGUGGAUCUGGACCUGCUCGACGAAUGGGAGCGCGAGCACAACCACGGUCGCCCAUGGCCCGGUCGCCAACGCCUCCUUGCACUGCUCGAGCAGCAAACUGGCGGAAAGCACGAACAGACGCCCUAA